AUGCGAAGAUCUGUCGGGAUCAGACCCGACCAAACGGGCGUCUUGAGCGUGUCAUCAAAGGUUGUGUGGGUCGACAAGGAGCGCAUCGCCUCGCCAAGGGAGUACAGGACUCUCAUCUCUGCCUCCCGGCAGCCAGCAGCCUGUCAGAGAAGAGCAGCACCUUUCUGGUGGGACGUCUACAGACGUGAUUGGCCUGGGCAGUGUUACCGUCAGUUCGACGAAGCCCCUGAUGGCGCCAAGCUCACGCUUCAAUACCCGACUGGUGAGGAGGAAAAGUGGGGAGGACCGGAGGAGUCAGUCGAGGCAGGGGGGAAGGAAUGAGUGCCGCUUCUUUCUUUCUUGUAUGCCAUCCCUUUGUCAUCAGACAUGAUCCAGAAGACCCUCAUCACACAGGAGAACCCAGGUGUGGACACAUUGGUGUUCGGCGUUGGUGUUGGGACUUUUCUAGCGGGCAUGUCAAUCAUGGCGUAUACCGUGUGUGCGGGUGUCGCGGCGCUGACACGCAGACAACCGCAUCACACUCAGGUGAAUGAAUGAAGGAAUGAAUGGGCGGGGGUACACACACGAGGCCCACGCGUCACUGUCUGUGUCGGUGCUUUGCUGUCUGUGUAGGCCCCGCAGUGAUGCAGCAGCGUGCAGCCGGGCAUGUACCCCAUCCUUUAUGUGUGUGUAAGUCUCUUUGUUUAGUUAUUUGUCUGUCUGUCUGUCUGUUUACUUGGUUCUGAUCUGG